GUCAUGUUCAUAUAGCCCCGCCUACUUUGUACGCCACCGCCUGCUUAUAGGUUGUCUCUCAUGUCCGUCAAUCCUUUCAUCCAAUCGAAUGAGAAGGGGCGGAACAUGACGCACGUUGGGGUAUUAAUUAAAAGCACCCUGCGUCUCCUGUGUUAAUCCUGUUGUGUUUUCUGUAGCAAGGAUUAAAGUCGUCAAAAGAUAUCCAGUAAAAUAAGCAUCAUGGCUCUGGACAGAUGUGGCCUCCUCUGCAAAUACACGCUGUUAAUUUUCAACCUCAUCUUUGCACUGGUAGGGUUUGUGUUCCUGGGUCUGGGCCUGUGGCUGAGGUUCAGCGAUGGCACCAGAGUAUUCUAUGAAUUCGAUGACUUCUCAAGUACAUUCAAUAUGGCGGUGACUGUCCUGAUUAUCACGGGCUUGGUGAUGCUGAUCGUCGUCGUGUUUGGAGUCUACGGCGCCUGCAACGAGAAACGAUGCACCCUGCUAACGUUUUUGGUCCUGGUGUCCAUCCUGGCAGUUGCUGUGGUUGUUUUUGGAGUGAUUGCUAAUUCCAGGAAAGUCGAGAGUGGAUUUAGCUUUGCGAACUUCUACUCUAGCAUAUAUUUGCUGUGUGUGGCUAACAGCGACCCAGUUCUUGCUGUCACUCUCACAUUCAUCCAAAAACUGCUUCACUGCUGUGGAGAGACCGGGAUACCGUCGUUAGACUUUGCCAAGGAAACCUGUCCCGACCCAGACUCCUUUUCAGAUCCCUUCUUGAUGGAUGCUUGUCCUGGGGUGAUUGUUGAUGUCUUCAUCAACAAAGCACCGCUGGUGAUGGGCCUGUUCGUCGGAACUGGAGUUAUUUUGCUCCUGGCUUUGAUUUGCAGCUCAAUCCUUGCUAAAAAGCUCAAGACCCCAUCCUCUCCUCAGUACACCAUCCUGACUUAGCCUCCACCAUCUCAGCUUGAAUAUAUCCCCACCUCCACCUCCAUUUCCUACUCGUACCCCGAACAGAAGCCGGUGGUCUUCACACCUCUGACUGUGGCCAACAUCCCCAUAGUUAUAACUUAGAGAGCACUUUUACCACAAUGCUCGGGCAUAGAGGAUACAGAUCUGGGUUUAUUUUCACAUUCACAUUACUUCAUGUUCAUCUCUUCUGUGCUGUGGGGUCUCUUCAGCUCCCUUUAAAGGAAAAAUCCACCCUUAAAGGCACAAAUAUAACGGCACUUAAGUUAUUGGAUCUUUUAUGUUGUUUUACGUUUUUAUUCCAUUAGAUAAUGGAAAAAUGCUUAUCUGCAAAUAUUUUCCAAGCACUACUAAAGAAGGGGAAUGAGAAAUAUUUAAGCAAAAGAGCAAUUAUUUUUCAAUACAUUUUUUUUAAAUGUGUUAUUAUUUAAAUACUGCACAUAUUUAAGAACCUUAAUUAGUUUUUAAGCAUGUUUAUCUAUGGUCAAAAAAUACAUAUAUCCAGGGUUGGAUUUUUCCUUAAAGUGUCUUCAUAUCUCUCAUAUCAUUUUGCCUUCCACACAAGUCUCUUUGUGUGGCUGCAUGCUAAUUGCUAGCCUGGGCUGGUACCUGUCUUACAUCAAAACUCCUUCUGUGGCUGGUGUGACCCGGGUGAGGAAGCCUGGCUCUUAUUCCCAUCCCUCCUCUUCACCUCCCCUCCUCCCUUUGUGUCUGAAUGACAGGUUGUUGCCCUGGUCUGCAGCAUUGUCUUCCUGACACUGACCAAGAGAGAGCAGCAGGAGAUCACUGCGCGAUACAACCCUCCAACAGGAAGUUAUCAAACCCUCCAACCAAUUUUGUCCUGCAAAUCCCUCGUCGGCUGGACGAGCUACUAACGUUAAGCUACGAGUGGCUACUAACGUUAGCUGCUGUCUACUUCUCCUCCCAGCUCGAUCAUCUGCCAUGCUGUGGAUCUUUCUGUGUUUCUGGCUCUUUCCCCAUCUCUGGUCGGCAGGUCCAGGGACGUGUACACAUAGACAUCGAAGUGGGCUUUAGCCCCUGCCCUUUUUCUUCCUCCAGAGAAAGUUAUUUUUUUAAAUAUUUAUUUUUAAUAAAUGAAUAUAUAUCUA